AUGGCGUGGUUACGCUUAGCCGCCUUACUAGCGCUUGCCUCUACUGUGGACGCUCAACAUGGCACGGUAGGUCGUCCAUGUGAGGUAUCCACUGACUGCGGAACUGGUAACUAUUGUGCUGGCAACAAGCGAUGCGCCUGCCUCACCACAUACGUUGAGAUUGACUCAUACUGUUGGCGAAAGAUCAAUCCUGGGGAAUCGGGCUGUACCCAGAACAGGCAAUGUGAAGCAGUAUGGCCAGGUGCAUACUGUCGUUCAGGAGAGUGUCGUUGUGCGAAUAAUCAACCACCAUUCAGGACCAGAGAUGGUUUGGUCUGCCUAAAUUAUGGUUUCUGCCCACUGAACGGUAACAAUCCGAAAUUUCGUAUUGAAAAUCAGGUCCAGCAGUGUUAUGGAGGAGCCGAUGCGACGUGUGAGGCUAUUGGAGCUCUUGCCUAUGAUUGUGUUUGUGACUCGGAUGACUGUACAGUGAACAAUCCGAUUAGUUUCUGUUGUCCAAGCAGAGCUUUCGCUUGUAUCCAGCCGCCAAACGAGGGCUACACCCCACCAGGUGGUGGUACCACCCUCAAUCAUUGGUAUCACGAUCCGAUUACCGGAGAAUGCCGAGAACUGAAAUACCAAGGAUACGGAGGAAAUGCCAACAACUUCCAAACAAAAGAUCAUUGCGAAUCGUAUUGUAAACAGACUUGCAACCGAGGUUUACCACUGUACCGCGACAGAACGACCGGUGUCAAGCAGGAACCGGUAUACUGCCAAGGCAACGAUAAUGGUUGCAAUAACCCGAAUUAUCAAUGUACCACUAUGGGUACACUCCAACAAUGUUGCCCAACCUACCUUUUCAUUUGCUCGCGUAAUGGUGGUAUACCUACGGAGGUGUACAACACGGCUGGUGGUCUUCCAACAGAAUAUUUCGAUGUGGGAAUACCUGAUGGUACAGGAACAACAUCGCCCAGAUUCUAUUAUGAUUCCAGAGAAGGCAGAUGUAUUCAAUUCUCGUAUCUUGGCCAAGGAGGUAACUUCAACAACUUCUUAUCACAGGAUCACUGUGAGAAGUUCUGUUCAAGGAUUCUCUGCUCGGCCGGUGAGCCAUUGAAAGACUCAUCUGGUGAGCGAAACAUGGAAUGUUCUCCAACCGGUAGUGGUGCGAACUCAUGCCCAUCGACACACUCAUGUGAGAGUACGUCAGGAUCGACUACUUUUGGUGGUGUUUGCUGUCCACGUCCGCAGUACGUGUGCAAACUUCCGCGUGAGCAGGGUAAUUGUGGUACCUACUCGAAUCGUUGGUGGUUCAACGCGAAAACUGGUAACUGUGAAGAAUUCAUCUAUUCGGGAUGUCAAGGAAAUGCAAAUAACUUUGAAACCUACAAGGAAUGCCAGGAUUACUGUCGCGAUGCCAGAAGUGAACCUCAAUGUAUACAGGGAACGGCAUUGACUGAUUCCAACGGUAACUUUAUUAUCUGUGGUGGUACUACGGCUGCAUCGACUACAUGCCCAGCUAACCACUACUGCUACUACGAUGGAACCACCUAUGGAUGCUGUCCCACACAAGCGUAUACCUGCUCCCUGUCUUACAAAUCUGGUGCAUCCUGUGGUCCAGCCGUUACCCGAUGGUACUACGAUUCCACGACUCGAACCUGCCAAACAUACUCGUUCAAUGGGUGCGAUGGUAAUUCGAAUAACUUCGCCACCCAGCAAGACUGUAAAGAUUACUGUCGCGUGGAAUCGUGCCCGGACGGAGGAGAGGUGUGGAAGGAGCAGAAUGGAGCGGCACGGGCAUGUACGACGAACAGACAAUGUCCAUCCACUCACUACUGUACCCCGGUGACGACAUGGACAGGAACUGUGUACCAAACCAAAUCGCUGUGCUGUCCAUCGAAGAACUUUGUAUGCUCCCAACCACGAGAUGUUGGGGUGCGAUGUUCGAGUACACGAAUUACCCGAUGGUACUUCAAUGCUGAUUCGAAAAGCUGUCAGACAUUCGAGUACAACGGUUGUGAAGGAAAUCGAAAUAACUUCGCGUCGCAAAAGUCGUGCCAAAACUAUUGUCUGUCCGAGGCAUGUCCGCCGGGAACGGUUGUUGCCAAGGAUGGAGACGGCAGCCGUUUGAUUCAGUGCAGUAAUCCGGGUGGUCAAGGACGAGUGUCUGGUGGAUGUCCGGAUGGAUACACGUGCUACUCAUCUCCAUUACUGGAUCAGAGUGUAUGUUGCGGUGCCAGCACUGAACUUCAAUCUCUUUGUCCCACCUCUUCGACCCCAUUCAUCUCGGCGCUUUCCCUUCAACCAAUGCAAUGUACACCGAAUGUGGAUGGAGCGUGCCCGGGCAAUUUCUUCUGUUGGUUCUCCACCACUGCCACUUCGGUCAACGCUUUCUACUGCUGUCGAUCACCGGAUAGCGUAGACACUGGAUACUGUCCACCUCAAUUGGUACCUGUACCGGGAGAAGGUGGAGCACAGUACAAGUACUGUUCACCGUCAGCACCACUCAACGACGCGAUCCAAGGAUGUGGAGCCAAUAGGCAUUGCCAAUUCAGUACAAACCUUGAGAGGUACAUUUGCUGCGGAUUGGAGUCUGAUGUCCGAUUGCCCAACGUCUGUCCACCACAACCGGCAAACCUUGUUCCAGUAGAGUUGGCCGGCAAUUACCGUACCUGCAAUCCGUAUGCACGAGCUGGAACACCUCAAAGCUGUCCGGAUAAUUCGGCAUGUCUGUAUACCGGAAACGACAAUGGAUUCAUUUGUUGUCGGGUCCAGUUAGGUGGUGGAAAAGCGUAA